AACCAGAUGUCAGAGCUGUGCUGCUUGGAUUUAACAGUGUUGGGAAGAGUGCGUCAGGAAACACCAUCCUGUGCAGAGAGGAGUUCCAGCCUGGACGGAGGUCUGCUGUCUGCAUGAAGAGACAAGGAGAGGUAGUGGGGUCAGGCAGGAAGGUGACAUUGGUGGAGGCACCAGGAUGGUGGAGCCACUAUCCUGUGGACUGCAGUCCUCAAAUGACCAAGAGAGCUAUUCAGCUCAGUCCGGGACUGUGUGACCAAGGACCUCACGUGUUCCUGUUUGUGAUACGACCAGAUAUGUCCUUUACUGAGCAUCAGAGAUCAUCAGCUCAGCAACACCUGGAACUUCUUGGUGCAGAUGUUUGGAGUCACACCAUGGUUCUGUUUACCCAUGGAGACUGGCUGGGAGACACAUCCAUUGAGGAGUACAUCGAAAGUGAAGGUGAAGCUCUACAGUGGCUCAUAGUAAGAUGUGGGAACAGAUACCAUCUACUCAACAACUACAACAGCACAGAUCGCAAGCAGGUGAUAGAUCUGCUAGAGAAGAUUGACAAGAUGAAAGCAGGAAGUAGCUGUGAUCAUUUCAUGGUAAAUAGGAGCCUGUUAAGAAGCAUUGAAGAGAGAUCAAGGAUGGAUGAAAUCAGUGCAGAGGAAAGGAUGAAUAGGGUGAGGAGACGAAGACAUGACCUUGGAUCAACAAAGGGUCAAAUACAUCAGCCAUUGCUUAGAAUACUUCUGCUGGGCUUCAAGUACUCUGGGAAGUCUUCAACAGGAAACACCAUCCUGGGCAAAGAUGUGUUCGAGUUGUGCUCCAUGUCAAACGGUGAGAAGAGGACGGGAGAGGUAGCAGGGAGGAAGGUUACUGUUGUUACGCCUCCAAGCUGGUGGUAUGGAAUCGAAAUGGCCAGUGUUCCUGUUCUCCUCAAACAGGAGGCAGUUCUUAGCGUUUCCUUGUGUGAUCCUGGACCGCAUGCCGCCUUACUGCUCAUCUGUAUAGAUGAUAUCGUCACAGGUCAGUACAGGAUGGAAGUAGAUGAAUAUCUGUCCAUCUUCAGUGAGGAUAUAUGGAGCCACACCAUGGUGGUGUUUACCUAUGGAGACUGGCUGGGAGAGACCACCACCAUCGAGCAGCACAUCGAGAAUGAGGGAGAACAUCUCAAAUGCCUGAUUGAGAAAUGCGGCAACAGAUACCACGUCAUCAACAACAAGGCCAAAGGCGAUAUCACACAGGUAACUGAGUUACUGGAGAAGAUUGAAGAAAUGGUGGUGGAGAACAAUGGCCGUCAUUAUGAGAUGGACAGAGGGAGACUGAGGGAAAUGGAGGAAAGGAGGAGGAAUGAGGAAGAAAGGAUCAAAGACAGACUUCUGAAGGUAGAGAGGCAAAGGCGGGAAGCUCAGGCACUGAUGCAACACUUGCCUUCCCAGCAAGACUUGAGGAUUGUCUCUGUGGGAUGCAGACAAUCUGGAAAAAGUUCAUCAGGGAACACCAUCCUUGGAAAACAGCAGUUUGACCUAAAGAGGACAGCUCAGUGUGUGAAGAGACAGGGAGAAGUAGCAGGCAGACAGCUAACAGUAGUCGAGGCUCCUGGAUGGUGGAUUGACGUAAACCUCAAAGACACCCCUAAACUCACUAAACAGGAGAUUGUACUCAGUGCAUGUCUGUGUACUCCAGGACCACACGUCGUCCUACUGCAUGUGGGUGUAGCUGUAUCUUUGACACCACAAUAUGUAAGCAUCAUGAUGGAACACCUUCAGCAUCUUGGUGAAGCAGUGUGGAAUCACACCAUGGUGCUGUUUACUGGUGGAGACUACCUGGGAGACAGAAACAUUGAGCAACACAUUGAGAGCGAGGACUCCCUGCAGUGCCUGGUGGAGAAAUGUGGCAACCGAUAUCAUGUCUUGAACAACCUGAAUAGGACUGAGCAUCAGGUCACCGAACUGCUGGCGAAGAUUGAUGAAGUCGUAGCACAGAACAGGGCACAACACUUUGAGAUGGAUGGUGGAAGACAGAAGGAAGCCGUGGCAAUGUGGAAGAAGGGGGAGGAGAGAGCGCAGGAGCGACAGUUACAUGUCGGAAAGCAAAGAGCGCAUCUACAGUCAGUGAGACGAACAUUGGAUCCUCUGCCAACAUUAAGGGUGCUAUCACUUGGAUGCAGAGGUGCUGGGAAGAGUUCAUCAGGAAACACCAUCCUGGGCAGAGAGGCCUUUGACCUGGGAAUAAGAACCGCUCAGUGUGUGAAGAGACAGGGAGAAGUAGCAGGCAGACAGCUCAUUGUAGUUGAGGCUCCUGGAUGGUGGAGUGACGUCGACAUCAAAGAUACCCCUAUCCUCCAUAGGCAGGAGAUUGGUCUCAGCGUGUCUCUGUGUCCUCCAGGACCACACAUAGUUCUGCUGCAUGUACGUGUAGCCGAUGCUGUAAAAAACGAAUUCAUAAACGUCAUGGUGGAAUACCUUGAUUUUCUUGGUGGCGGAGUUCUGAGUCACACCAUGGUGCUGUUUACCCGUGGAGACUGGCUGGGAGACACACCCAUUGAGCAGUACAUAGAGAGUGAAGGGGCCCUGCAGACUCUAGUACAGAAAUGUGGGAACAGAUAUCAUGUCCUCAACAACAUAGAUCAAGAUGACAGAGAACAGGUCACAGACCUGCUGGAGAAGAUGGAGGAGAUUAUAUGUGGAAACGGGGGCAGUCACUAUGAGAUGGACAAGAAGAGACUGGAGGAAGUGAUGGAGAGGAGGAUGGCAAAUGAUGAAAGAGCAAGUAGGAGACUUAUGGAAUUGAAAAACCAAAGGAUUUUCCUCCAGUCACUGAAAGAAAAUGUUUCCCCUCUGUCAGAUGUAAGACUUGUGCUACUAGGACACAGAGGAUCUGGCAAGAGUUCAUCAGGAAACACCAUCUUGGGCAGAGAGGAAUUUGACCUGAAGAGAACAGCUCAAUGUGUGAAGAGACAGGGAGAAGUAGCAGGCAGACUGGUCACUGUAGUUGAGGCUCCUGGAUGGUGGAGCAAUAUCAGUCUUAAAGACACCCCUGAGUUCACUAAGCAGGAGAUUGUUGUCAGUGCAUCUCUGUGUCCUCCAGGACCACACAUACUCCUACUAAUUGUACAUGUAGCCAGCUCUUAUACAGCGGAGGAUACACGAAACAUACAAGAUCACCUGGAGUUUGUGGGCGACAAUGUCUGGACCCAUACCAUGGUGCUCUUCACUCGUGGAGACAGCUUGGUUGACAUGACCAUUGAGCAGUACAUCGAGAGCGAAGAACACCUUCAACGCCUGGUGGACAGAUGCGGGAACAGAUAUCAUGUCCUUAACAACCGCAACCGCACCAACCACAGCCAGGUGACAGAGCUGCUGGAGAAGAUUGAAGAGAUCGUGGUAGGAAAGAAUGGGAGGCACUACGAGGUGGACAAAGACAGGCUGGGGAUAAUGCAGGAAAGAAGGAGUAGAGGGGAAGUGAGCGCUUACAUCAGACGGAUGAAGGUGAAGAAGCAGAGACAACACCUUCAGUCACUUAAAGGAAACAUCUCCCCUCUGCGAGAGUUCAGAGUUGUGUUGUUGGGGUUCAGCAAUGUUGGCAAGAGCUCAUCAGGGAACACCAUUUUGGGAAGAGAAGAGUUCGACGUGAAGAGUAAAUCAACUCGUUGUGUGAAGAGGCAAGGAGAAGUAGCCGGUCGACAGGUGACUGUUGUCAAAGCUCCUGGAUGGUGGAAGAAUCAAAGCCUCGACGAGUCCCCUGCCCUCACUAAACAGGAGAUUGUGCUCAGUGUGUCUCUGUGUCCUCCAGGACCCCACAUUCUCCUGCUGCUCAUACGGAUAACGGAUUUCUACAGAGAGAGUUACAUUCAGAACCUUCUGGAACAUGUGGAGUUCCUCGGCAAUGCAGCUUGGACUCACACCAUGGUGUUGUUCACCCACGGAGACCUGCUUGGAGAGACACCCAUUGAGCUGUACAUUGAGAGCGAAGGGGUCCUGCAGUCACUAGUAGAGAAAUGUGGGAACAGAUAUCAUGUCCUCAACAACAUGGACAAAGGUGACAGCAAACAGACCAUUGAGCUCCUAGAGAAGAUGGAGGAGAUCAUCUUUGGAAAUGGAGGCCGCCACUAUGAGAUGGACACAGUCAGACUAGCAGAGAUAUCAGACAAGAUGGAGAGGGAAGAGGAGAGAGCGAAAGAAAGGCUGGUGAAGGUGAACAUGCAAAGGGAGCAUCUCCAGUUCCUGAAGCAAAAUUUCUCCCCUCUGUCAGAGGUGAGAGUUGUGUUGCUGGGACACAGAGGAUCUGGCAAGAGUUCAUCAGGAAACACAAUCCUGGGCAGAGAGGAGUUUGACUUGCAGAAAAGAACAGCUCAGUGUGUGAAGAGACAGGGAGAAGUAGCAGGCAGAAAGCUCACUGUUGUUGAAGCUCCUGGAUGGUGGGCUGACAUCAAGCUCAAAGACACCCCUGAUAUGACCAAACAUGAGAUUGUGCUCAGUAGUUCUCUGUGCCCCCCAGGACCUCAUUCCGUCGUGCUGGUCAUUAAUGUGUUUUCACACAUCUCAGAGGAAAUUGUCCAAAAACACCUGGAACUUCUCGGUUGCAAAGUGUGGAGUCACACCAUGGUGCUUUUCACCCACGGAGACUUGCUAGGUAACACAAGCAUUGAGCAGUACAUACAGAAAGAAAGUGCACUGCAUACUUUAGUGGAGAAAUGUGGUAACAGAUACCACGUCAUCAACAAUGAAAUCAGGAAUGAUGGUGAAAUCACAGAGCUGCUGGCGAAGAUUGAAGAGAUGGUGGCAGGAAAUGACGGAUGCCACUUUGAGGUUGAUGAAGCCAUUGUUCAGGAGGUGGAGAGGACAAUGGGUCAUCUGAGCCUGAGAGUGGAGGACAGAGAAAUGACAGCUUACAAACAGGACAACACAUUCAAAUUUGUCAUGGGGGACCUGCCGCCUCUUCAAGCCCUGAGGUUCAUGCAGUUUUCCUAUCCAGUACAAGAGUACCUAUCAGAAGACACAGAGGCAAAUGACAACCCAGUGGGAGUCACGCUUGAGUGUGACAGGGAGCAGUGGGACAUGGGAGGACGAGAGGUCACUAGAGUUCACGUCCAGAUGUCGGCCAGUAAAAAUACUCUGGAGGAGACCAGAGCAGAGCUGGUGAAAAGCCUGUCACUCUGCGGGCCAGGACCUCACGCCUUCGGACUGACAGUGCUCAUGUACAACCGCUUCACGAAGAAGAUGAGGCAGCGGUUUCAGAAACACCUGGAGCUCCUGGGCGACGGAGUGUGGGACCGCUGUGUGGUGAUGUUUUACUUGGGCGGGAACCUGCUGGAGGGCAAGACCAUUGAGGAGCACGUGGAGAGCGAGGGACUAGCCCUGCAGUGGCUCGUGGAGAAAUGUGGGAACAGACUCGUUCUCUGGACAGGCAACGACAGCAGGGCAGAGCUGCUGAGGCAGAUCGACAAGAUGGCGGCUCUCAAUGGAGGUGGCCAUUUUAAGCACGAGGAAGGCAGAGCCAAUCAGACUACAGCAGCAGCUGCAGCAGACUGGAAGAUGGAGGUGCAGCAGAUGGUGGAACUGAAGGAGGAGAAGCAGUUGGCUCAGAGUAAAGACACUCCCCCACAGAUGGGUGGAGAUGACAGAUCUGAAAUCACUCCAGCUAAACCAACAGCAGACUGGAAGAUGGAGGUUCAACAGAUAGUGGAACUGAAGGAAGAAAAGAAGCUGGCUAAGAGUAUGGACACAGCUCCAAACAUGGGUGGAGAUGACAGGUUUGAUAUAACCCCAGGGACACCAGACUGGAUGAUGGAGGUUCAACAGAUAGUGGAACUGAAGGAAGAAAAGAAGCUGGCUAAGAGUAUGGACACGGCUCCAAACAUGGGUGGAGAUGACAGACCUGAAAUCACUCCCGCUAAACCAACACCAGACUGGAAGAUGGAGGUUCAACAGAUAGUGGAACUGAAGGAAGAAAAGAAGCUGGCUAAGAGUAUGGACACAGCUCCAAACAUGGGAGGGGAUGACGUGUCGGAUGUAGCCUCAGUAUCCUCAUUCCAGAGCAUACACAUAUCCGACACAGCAUCUGAAGCCCCCUCAGAAGCCCCCUCAGAAGACUCUGGGAUUGGCUCGCUGACAUCUGGAAGAAGAAAGCAAAAUAAGAUAUCUGAAGAGGAGGCAAAAAUUAGUGGUUCAGAUCAAGGACAGAAUGUAGAACAGAUGAUUGAGUAACAUUUGAUUACUUUUAUUUUGACCCAAGAGACAAACAUUAA